AUGCUUUCUCCAGCGACACGUGUAGUGCGUGAUCCCCCGCGAAACAUUAGUCCCCCGCCACCCAAGGAGACGGUCGUGCAUGACCUCGCAUCACCCAUUUCUGUCUCCCGUCGCCGCAACAGCAGCGCUGCCAAAGGCAAGAUGAAGGCCGGCAGCAGCAACGGGCGCGACCGCGAGGUGGGCAGUGUUACAGUCUCGCUGCGCCCCACCGCUCCAGGAAGCUGUAUUAUCGACGAUGACGAAGACGACGACGACGACGACAGCUCGCCGGCCCCCUCGUCGUCCCGGUCCCCCAUGGCGUUCCGGCAACGUGCAUUCCGGCCGCGCGCCAACUCGCUCCGCAUCCCUCACCAACCCGCGUCGAGCUUGGGCAACAAGUUUUUCCUCCCCCAUUUCUCUACGGACCAAAAGUUCUCGCUCAAACACGGCGGACCGUCUGUGGGCCUCCGGUUAGGCGACGGCGACGACUUGGACGCCAGCCUCGGCGAUGCGAUCCGCCGCGGCGCCAGCGGAGGCGGUGAAGUCGCACUGCCCAAGUCUGCGCUCCGUGUCCUCAACGAGGCCAAGGAGGACAUGAAGUUUAGCGCCCGGUCCAAACAGACUCGUAAAGGCAGCAUUGGCAUGGGCCUCUUCAAGGAGACCCGCCCGCCUUCCCAGGACAGACGCAAGUCGCUCGAUCGCCCCAGUCGUGACGACCGCAAGCUUGACGAGGUCAAGGAAGUCCCCGAGCCAGCCGUGGCCUUUACGUCGCCAUGGGCAAACGAUUCUGUUGCGACUGCAACUGUCAAGAAGCUCGAGUCGCCGACCAAGGAGGAGGCUGUUCACUCGCCACGGCGGCAAUCGCGCGAGGAGCGUGCCGCGACGUCGUUUGACGAGGACAGCGGAUGGACGUCUACCUCUUCAUCUGGCGACGCUGAUAUCUUUGGCAGCGACACUGAGACGGACGACGAUGCCAUGACCGUGCCCCUCCAGCCUUAUGGGCACAAGGUCGGCGGCCAUUCGAGCAUCUACCAGUUUACCCGCGCCGCCAUCUGCAAGCCCUUGGUGGGGCACGAGAAUGUGUUCUACGAGGACGUCGAGCGCCUUGCGCCGGCAUUGCUUCCCUUCAUUCCCCGAUACCUGGGCGUCAUGGUAGUCAACUACCGUCGUCUGGCCCGUACAGGUACCGAGGGAUCAGCAACGCCCGCAGCCGAGCGAGACAUGGCGCUGUCGCCCGCGGCAUCUCACCCUCCUACCCCGGCACACCGCCCCGACUAUCUAAAGGACGCCUCGGACAUUGAAGUGCCGGAGGUGUCCCUCGACUUUAACCGACAUGUCGUUCCCGACUGGCUGUUCCGGUCCACUGGGUCCAUCGACCGCGGACGUCGGCGCCUGACCUCUGUUGACGGCGACGACGGAGACCGUGACCGCCGCCCUUCGUCAUUACGGUCACCUGGGUCUGGCGUUCAAGACUCGUUCUCGCCUUCCAGCUCGUUUGGCCACAUGUCGUUGAGUGAAGUGGCCGGUUCGCCCAGUGCGGCGGUGCCUGCACGUCUCAUGCGCGACGAGCCGGCCACUCCGGCACACUCGCCGGCGAGCCCGUCUUUGCACCACACACACUCGUCCCCGGCCCUGCACCGCCAGCAUGGUCUGUUUUCCAGCAUGGACGGCACAAACAGCGGCCUGUCCUCUCCGCACCCGGCGUUUGGCGGCACCGGUUCCACGACCGUCAACAACAAGCUCAAGGACCACGUCUUUUCGUCAAUCUUCAAAAAGCUCAAGAAGCGUGGUGUGCACAUGUCGUCCCGCCACCACGACGACGAUGCCGACGACGAACAUGAUGACUCGGGUUCCAACACUGGCUCGGUCUCACGACGCCACCAGCGUGCCCGGCCGCCUCUCCACCACGCCAACACUGCAACGGGGACGCCCGAAGUGCGCCGCGCGAGGAGCGAGGUCGCCCUCGGCAGCAGCGGUCUUGCGGCCAGCACCCAGUUGCGCAGCAGGAAUCGCGACCCGAGCGCCGAGCGUGGUGUGUUUUCCAUGGACGACGACGAACACAUUUCGAUGCAGUCCAAGCGCGUCCCUGCGCACAUGAAGCGUCCCACCUCGGCAUCGUCCGAGACGGAGGCUGAUACACUGGAUAUGCUUUCGCCCAGUCACCGCGGGUCAUCCCGUGACGGCGGCGUGUCCUUCCCAGCCUCGCCGUCGCUUGCUGCGUCCGUUCUCGGCGACGACUCGUCGCGGCAUGAAAACUUCAUCUUUAUGGAGGACCUCACGGGCCGCCUCAAGCGUCCCUGUGUCCUGGACCUCAAGAUGGGUACCCGGCAGUACGGGUUCGACGCCACGCCACUCAAGAAGAUCAGCCAGAGGAAGAAGUGCGACCAGACGACGAGCCGGACGCUCGGUGUGCGCAUGUGUGGCAUGCAGGUAUGGAGCAACGCGUCCCAGUCGUUUGUCUCCAAGAACAAGUACCGCGGCCGCGAGCUCAAGACUGAAGAUUUCCCUCGUGUCCUCGGCUUCUUCCUGACGGACGGCGACAGUGUUCUGGUGGACCAGAUCCCGGCUCUUGUGCAGAAAAUGUACAACCUCGCCGCCAUUCUCGCCACGCUCAAUGGGUUCCGGUUCUACGGCUGUUCUCUGCUCCUCAUUUACGACGGCGACCAGGAUGUGCAGACGCACUAUGCGCGCCAGAUGAGGUCUCGUCGCCCGACCCAUGAACGCGCUGAAUCAGUGUUCACUUCAGCGACACCGCGUCGCCGCCAGUCACUCGCCGGUUCGCGCCGCUCUCGCAGUGCCGACGUGUCGGAUCCCACCCGCUUCCCACCGCAAAAGGUCCGUGGCGAGCUUGUGGUGCGCAUUGUCGACUUUGCACACACCACCACGGGGCAAGAUAUCGUCUACCCCUAUCCGCCGGACGUAGUCGACCCGCCUGACAUGGGCAAGGGGUACCUCACGCUCGAGGACAAGGCCACCGGUCGUCCCUUGGCCCGGUUCCCGCCCCACCACCCCGAAGGCCCCGACCUCGGCUUCAUCUUUGGCAUUUGCUCCAUCGUCGCGUCCCUCAGGUCCAUCUACGCUUCUGAAAUGGAGCGUCGACGCGCCAACGGGCAGCCCGCCCCGGCCCUGCCGAGCUUUGAGAACGCAGACGUGUUUGACAAGCUCUUCCCACCGGACUUCGACAACGGAUACUUGUCGACUUAA